GAGCCGUCAUGAAUGUCCAGAGCGCUGCUGUGCGGCAUGGCCGCCGCGCACUCUCAUCUCCUCUGCCCAGAGCCGCUCUGCGGCAACUCUCGACCGACCUGAAGACGACGACAGCAGCGGCUACGACCUCGAAUGGACAGUCCCAGGCAUGGCCGUCUCCGCAGGCCGCCCCCGCACCACUCAAGAUUGUCUCUUCGGCGAAGAAGAAGCAGAAGAUUGUCGAGGAAGUCAUCAUGACGCUCGGAGCCAACUCGUCGCAGGAGCACCACGGCGUCGCAUGGACAAGGCCUCACCAGAAGGGCAGCCAAACCCUGACGCCCGCGCAGCAGUAUGCCGAAUUCCUGCGGAUUCAGCGCAACACGAGAAGCCUUGGCUCGGACGUCGAGAAGCGCUACGUGCCCACGGAGAUUAUCAGCAACCCGCCGCGGCCGGAGGAUAUUACGCUGGAGCUGCUGAUGGCGUCGCAGACGCACAUGGGGCACAACACGUCGCUAUGGAACCCGGCCAACUCGCGGUAUAUCUACGGUGUGAGGCAGGGGAUUCACAUCAUCUCGCUGGAGACGACGGCGGCGCAUCUGCGACGGGCGGCGAGGGUCGUCGAGGAGGUGGCGUAUCGGGGUGGCAUCAUUCUCUUUGUCGGCACCCGGAAGGGGCAGAUGGAGAUUGUCACCAAGGCAUCUGAGCUGGCGGGUGCGUACCACCUGUUUACCAAGUGGACCCCUGGCGCAAUCACAAAUCGAGAUGUCAUUCUGAGGAUGCAGGGCACGAGGGUGGUGGACCAUUUGGACAGGGAGCUUGACGGGUUCGACAUGUUCAAGGGGACGGCGAGGCCGCUGAUGCCUGACCUGGUGGUGUGCCUUAACCCGCUGGAGAACUACACGCUGCUGUAUGAGUGCGGGUUGAAGAACAUUCCUACGAUUGGAGUGAUUGAUACAAACGCCGAUCCAUCAUGGGUUACGUACACGAUUCCAGCAAACGACGACAGUCUUCGUUCAAUGGCUCUGGUUGCGGGAGUCCUUGGUCGAGCCGGAGAAGCUGGUCAGAAGCGACGGCUCCAAGAUGCCGCUAGAGGCGAAAUCUCAUGGGAGACCUCACCAGAGCUCAGCCGCCACAUGAGGAAGGAAGUCCAGGCCGCCGUCACCAAGCGAAAGGAGGUCAUGGGCCAGAUGCAGUCCAACAUCCAGGGCUUCACCGAUGAAGAGAUGAAGCUGCUGAGGUCUCAGUAUCUGGGGGAGCAGCAGCAGGAGGUUUCCGAAGACGACCUGGUCAACAUGUUGGGCCAGACAGUCGCGGCAGAGCCAGAGGCGUCGGCGGAGCAGGCGGCGUCGUCGGAGUGGACGAUGGGUGUGAUGCUGGGCAGCAUCGAGGCGCAGCUGAGGGGUGUGCAGGAGAGCGCUGCUGAGAUUGAGAAGGCCGUGAAGGGAAGUUCAUAGGAUACCUACACCUAUCUGGAGGCAUAUAAGUGCAACUAGGUAGUAUAAAGUACUAGAUGAUG